AAUUGAGUGCGUAGAAUUCUGGCAGGGGGGGCUUUUCUGCACAACACCGGAAGUGAAGGCGGAGCCUCGGCUCUUUUGUCUUGUGAUUUUGGGCAGAGAGCCACAUGUUGAAAUAUAACGUCUCAGACCUCUACAAUAUCAGUAGACUAGACAUAAAUAUUCCCAUCUGGUUAACUUCGCCGGAUCUCUGUAAUCGACAAUAACGGAAGAAUCUACAAUGAAUAAGGAAACACCUAUCCCACCCCCCUCCUCCCUCUCCCUCCGACCCUCCUCCCCCUUCACCCUCCCGGGGGCCCCAGGUCGUGCCUCUCCCGGUAGUGCCUUACUGCAGGGUAUGAAGAGGUUGUCUGUGCUGUUGGUGGACUGCAGGAAAACAACAGGGCUGAGGGGCAGCCAUAACCGUCGCUCUCUCAGAAGAGUCAUAUCUGGGGAGGCUAACGAACAUGAUGCUGACGGGGCAGAGAACAGUCUCUCCAGAUCAGAACACCUCAAACACCAGCAGAGAGUGGCAGGGAAGAAACCUCACCGCUGCUCAUACUGUGGAAAGAGUUUCACCUCUUCGUCAAACCUUAAAACACACCAGAGAAUUCAUACUGGAGAGAAACCGUUUCACUGCACAGACUGUGGGAAGAGUUUUGUUCAAUUAGGCAACCUGAAAAUUCAUCUGCGGACACACACACAAGAGAAGCCUUACCACUGCUCUGUCUGUGAGAAGAGCUUUUCAACAUCACAUGGUAAUAAAGUGCACCAGAGAACGCACACGGGAGAGAAGCCUUACCACUGCUCUGACUGUGGGAAGAGUUUUGCUCAUUCAAGAAAUCUGAUAAAGCACCAGCGCAUACACACAGGAGAGAAACCUUACAGCUGUGAUCAAUGUGGGAAGAGAUUUACUAGCUCAAAUGACCUGAUACUACACCAUAGAAUACACACUGGAGAGAAACCUUACCACUGUUUGGACUGUGGGAAGAGUUUUACUCAGGCAAGCAACCUGAAAACACACCAGCGCAGACACCUGGGCCAGAAGCUUCACCACUGUUCAGAUUGUGGAAGUAACUUUUCAACAUCAAGGGGUUUAGAGCUGCACCAGCGAACACACACCGGUGUGAAACCUUACUACUGCUUCAGCUGUAGUAAAAGUUUUGCUAGAUUAGACGGACUGACAGUGCACCAGCGAACACACACAGGUGAGAAGCCUUUUAGCUGUGAUCAGUGUGGGAAGAGAUUUGCUCAGUCAGCACACUUGACUGUACACCAGAGAACACACACUGGAGAGAAACCAUACCACUGCUCAGACUGUGGAAUAAGCUUUAUUAAUUCAAGUCACCUUAAGGUACAUCAGAGAGUACACACAGGAGAGAAGCCUUAUAACUGUGAUGUAUGUGGCAAAAGUUUUGUUGCAUCAGGAAGUCUGGCUUCACACCUUCGAACCCACACAGGAGAGAAGCCUUACCAUUGUACCGACUGUGGGACAAGCUUUGGCAAGUCAGGCCAUUUAAAAGUGCACCAGAGAACACACACAGGAGAGAAGCCUUACCAUUGUGCCGACUGUGGGAAAAGCUUUGCUGAGCCAGGCGGUUUAAAGUCACACCGGAGAACACACACAGGAGAGAAGCCUUACCACUGCUCUGACUGCGGAAUGGGCUUAACCACUUCAGGUGGACUUAAAAUACACCGGAGAACACACACAGGAGAAAAACCAUUCCACUGCUCUGACUGUGGGAAAAGAUUUAAUCAGUCUGGGCAGUUGGUUUUACACCAGCGAAUACACACUGGCGAAAAGCCUUACCACUGCUCAGACUGUGGGCUGAGUUGUACUUCUUCAGGGGAUUUAAAAGUGCACCUGCGAACACACACUGGAGAGAAGCCUUUUGGCUGUGAUCAGUGUGGGAAGAGGUUCGCUCAGUCAGGAAGCCUGGCUGGACACAAGAGAACACACACUGGAGAGAAGCCUUUUGGCUGUGAUCGGUGUGGGAAGAGGUUCAGUCAGUCAGGAACCCUGGCUGGACACAAGAGGAAACACCACACUGGUGGGUAACCUUUCCAUUUCUUUUAUUCUUUUAUAGCUGAAACCAGUUAAUGGUAGACUAUCGGAGAGAAGCCGUGCAGGGUGAGCUUUCUUAAUGUCGCCAUGCUUGGUGUAACAAGGGAACUUUAAAUAACUGUCCAUUUAAUUACAAUAUUUUUAAUUUAUUUAACUAGGCAAGUCAGUUAAGAACAAAUUCUUAUUUUCAAUGACAGCCUAGGAACAGUGGGUUAACUGCCUGUUCAGGGGCAGAACG